AUCAUCAUGAUUAUCGGCGUCAUGAGCGUCAUCCCAAUCCAGUGAGAGGCUCACGUUCUCCUCCAUCCUCCACAGCAUCCCUGGAUGGUGUGAGUAAGUGUGUGUGGAGGAAAUCGCAAAUGGCAAUCGUGGACUACUGAGGACGGUAAGACUCGAGCAAAACCCUUCACCAUCCCCAUGGAUUUUGACUAGCCACGCUAAGCAACGGGAAUAGACGGAUGGAGCUUCCAAUGACAUUCCUCACGGCGAUUCCAGGUCUAUUCAUUUUGGUUAUCCUUCAUUGGGCACCCUUGACCGAUCAAUCCCAAGUCAACGAUGUAUCAGAUUCUUGCUUCGAGGAGGACAUUUUUGCAUUCCAGCCGCUCAAACCCCAAACGUCUUCAUGGUUAUAUAAAAAAUUUAGCAGCACCGAAAAUGAGGCCUUGAGCUCCCAAUGGAGUGGAGAGUGUACCUCAGGGUUUCAGCAAUCUCCCAUCGACAUCCCAAGACAAGGAAAUGUUUGGCAGGAGAUGGAUGGUUUAUCAUUUGACAACUACGCGUCUUCGCCGGUCGUGAUGCGGCUGACCAACACGGGCCACGGGCUCCGCUUGGAUUUAGGGCAAUGUGAUUGCGAUAGCCGCAUUCCCACCAUUUCUGGCGCCCAUCUCAACGGGACAUUCCGCUUCUAUCAAGCCCACUUCCAUUGGGGAAGUUCGCGCAAUCAUGGCUCCGAACAUUUGAAAUCAGGAACUAGUUUUCCCAUGGAGGUCCAGCUGUUGCAUUAUAAUGCCAAGUAUGAGUCCAUGAAGGCAGCCUUGGAAUAUCCGGAUGGACUGGCCGGACUGGCCAUCUUUUUCCAGAUGUCAUCGGAUAUCAAUUACAAAUUGGAGGAUUUGGUGGAUCAACUGCCAAACGUGAGCCAUGUGGGCUCAAGUGUAAUCCUGGAUGAACCAUUGCCCUUGUUUUAUCUCCUACCCAAAUAUCACAGAGAAUUUUUUAGAUAUUCAGGAUCUUUAACCAGUCCACCUUGCACCGAAAAUGUUCAAUGGACCAUUCUCCGAGAUCCCGUUCCCAUUACCUUAAAGCAAAUGAGCGGCUUUGACGCGAUUUUUCGAGAUUCGGAAAAUCGGACCAAACUUAGCGACAACUUUCGGCCUAUUCAAGAUGUGAACAACCGGACCAUCUAUCAACGACUGGUUGUUUACAACCGGGGCUCAUUGUUUCAAGUCCCAUUGGAAGGAUUGCUGAUCACUAUCUUGGUCAUAAUCCCGAAUAUUUUUGUCGUCAAAUAAAUGCCCUCGACCCA